GGAGCCGCGGGUGGGGGCGAGCGAGGGCCUGCCGGGGGUCCCGCCGCCGCCCUCCUCCGUCCGGCGGGGCUGCAGAGCCGGUGCGCGGCCGCCUGCCCCGGGGACCGCGCUGGACACGUGGCGGGAGCGGCUGCGCGACACGUGUCUGGGGGCCGGCGCGGGGGGGGGGGCACUCGUGGUGCAGGAGCCCCGGCGGGCGGCGCGGCGUGUUGAGAGGCGCGGGACUCCCCGGCCGCCAGCCCCGCAGAGUCGGCCAACCGCGGGAGGGGCCGCUUCUGUCUCCCUCUCGUCGCACGGGCCUCGGCUCGCCUUCGGCGUGGCGGGCAAAGGAGCCCCGCGGCCUUGUUGAGCCGCCCGGUCAAGCGGGCUCAGCUGCCGGCCAACCAAAGGCUGCGCCCCUCGGAGAGGCCCCGGACGGCCGGUGAAGACCCCCCCCCGCCCGUGCCCAGCCUCUUGCUCCGGCCCCAGCAGGCCUGCGCGCCACCGAGGGGGCCCCGCAGCCUGGAGGGGAGGCGGGGGCGAGGCCUGGGAGUCCGGCCGCGGUGCCGGGCUCGGGGCUGGGGCGCUCAGCAGGUGCCCCCCCCCUCCAUUGGCGCAGACGAGUGCUGGCUGGAGCCCCGGCGGCGGCGGCGGCGGCAUGAUGGCUUAGCGGCGGCGGCGCGGGGCUAGCGGAGGGGCGGGCGGGGAUGGCGGCGGAGGCCCCCCCGUCGGACGUGCGCCUGUGCGGCUACCUGCGCAAGCAGAAGUCCCAGCACCGGCGCUUCUUCGUGCUGCGGGGGCCCAGCGCCUCGGGGCCGGCGCGCCUGGAGUGCUACGAGAACGAGAAGCGGUUCCGCGCGGGGGGGCCGGGGGGCGCGCGCCCCAAGAGGGCCCUCCCCCUCGCCCAGGCGCUCAGCAUCAGCAAGCGCGCCGACGCCCGCCACCGGCACCUGCUCGUCCUCUGCGGCCGCGGAGGCACCUUCGGAGUGGCGGCCGACAGCGCCGAGCAGCAGCAGGCCUGGUACGCCGCCCUCGUGGAGCUGCACGCCAAGGGAAGAGCGCCCGCGGAGGGAGACGGCGCCUCGGUGCCCUCCGGCCUGGCCUUCAGGGAGAUCUGGCAGGUCAGCCUCCGCCCCCGAGGGCUGGGACACACCAGGAACCUGGCGGGCACCUACCUCCUGUGCCUGACGGACAAGACCAUCAGCUUCGUGAAGCUGAACACGGACGUGGCGGCCGUGGUCUUGCAGCUGCUCAACGUUCGGCGCUGCGGCCACUCGGAGAACUACUUCUUCAUGGAGGUGGGCCGCUCGGCGGUGACCGGCCCCGGGGAGCUCUGGAUGCAGGUGGACGACCUGGUGGUGGCGCAGAACAUGCACGAGACCAUCCUGGAGGCCAUGAAGGCCCUCAGCGAGGAGUUCCGCCUGCGCAGCAAGAGCCAGUCCCUGGCCUCCACGCCCAUCUCGGUGCCCCCUCGCCACCAGCACCUCGGCACCCCGCCCCCCAGCCAGGCGGCUUUCCCCUGGAGGCCCCGCCCCGAGGGCCCCCCCACCCUGAGCAGGAGCCCCGUCCCCCUGAGGCAGCAGGGAGCCGGGGCCCAGAAGCCGGGCUCCUUGAGCGACUACAGCAUCGUCUCCUCGGACGAAGGGGGGUCGAGCCCGGGUGACUCACGCCCCCCAAACACUCCCGACCGGCUGAGCUACCUGGCGGCAGAGGGGGAGCUGGACUACAUCUCCAUGGGCCGGCUGGAGGGGCACGGCUUGGCCAAGUGGGGGCUGGAGGCCAACAAGCGGGCCUCGCUGCCCCCCAUGGCUCUGGAGAAAGACGCGCCCGGCCUGCCCAGCAGGAGGCUGACCCUCAGGCCGGUCACAGCCUCCGCCAGCUACCCCGAAGGACUGAACCGCAGCGCAGACCCCGGCUACAUGGCCAUGCUGCCCGGCGUGGCCCGGAGCGCGGAGGACCAGGUCUACAUCAGGAUGACCCCGGGCAGCAUCUGGCCCCCCCAGGAAAGUGGAGGGUACAUGUUGAUGUCCCCCAAUGGGAGCUGCUCUCCUGACGGGGCGGGGCAGUGGGUGCCGGGGGGCGGGGGCUGCGAGCCCUCACCCAGCGACUACGUGAACAUGUCCCCUGCCAGCCACUCAGCCUCCAGCACCCCGCCUGAGUACAGCCCCCUGCUGCCCCCGCCUGGCGGCGCCCCCUUCUUCUCCCUCCCACGCUCCUACAAGCACAGGGCCAUGCCCUUCCCGUUCCCCUUCAACCCGGGGCGCCUCUCGGGGUCUUCUUCUACCAGCUCGGAGAGCCUGGAAGAGUCGGCGGGUGACUCAUGCUUGGCCCGCCCGCCCCCGAGGCUCUUCGUGGGGGGCAGAGGCCCAGCGGCUGCCCCCCGCAGUUCCGGGGAAUACGUCAGCAUCACUUACGGCACCAGAGCCCCCGGCUGCGUCCACCUGGAGCUCCAAGGUGUGCCAGCAGAGGCCAGCGGGGUAGCGAUGCCCGCCGAGUGCGGGGCGACGGCACCAGGAACGCGUCUGGUGCAAGCAGACGGCCAAGGAAGGAGGCGCCACGAGUCGGAGACCUUCCCCGAUGCCGAGUGGAACGGGGCGCCGCUGUUCGAGGCCAAGACCGAGCUGGGGCUGAAUUAUAUUGACCUCGACCUGGCAAAGGAGGCUGGGGAGGAAGCGGCCCCCACCCCAUGCUCUGCUGCCGCCCCCGGCCAGGGUGGGGCCCCCCACACCUACGCAAGCAUCGACUUCCACCGGUUGUGGGAGCUGCGUGGAUGCCAGGCGAGCCCCGAGUGAGCGGAGUCCUGAUCGCUGCUGCUGCUGCUGCUGCUGCUGGAACCUGGCCCCAGCCUCUCUUGGACGAGGGUCUUUCCUGUGUCCCUUCUCUUCCUCUCACUCCCCGCCAUGUGCCUUUUCAGGGGUGGCUGUUUAGGUGGGGGGGAAUGAACCCCUCCCUGGGCUCUGGGUGGGGGUGGAGGAGGGGGUCUCCCCACACACCAAAGAUGAGCUUUCUAUGUGUCCCCUCUGCGUGCCUUGGCCACCUGCUGAUAGGUUGGGGGGAAGAGGUCUCCCUUUUGCAUUUGCCCCUCGAAUUCAGGCCUUGCCCCCCCGAGCAGCAUGCUGGUUCUUUGCACCCCUUAACAAGAAGUUGGUGGCCUUGUUCACAAGUGGUUCCUGUUUUGCCAGUUUCACACACUCACACACACACACACGCUCCCCGCCCUUGGCUUAAGUGCCUGAGUCUCCGUUCUGGAAGACCAGUGUGUCCCCCCCCCCCCCGCCAGCUGGGCUUCACCCCCCUUCUGGUCUCAUCACGUUAACAGGAUGUCUGUGGGGUCUCAGCCAGGCACAGGUCGAUUGUACCCCCAAAUGCACCCGGAUAUUCCUCUCCUCGUGGCCCUCCCUGUCUCUCGAACUUGGAGCGGGAAUGUUUGCUUCCUGGUCUUGGGAAAUAAAGGCGUUUUGAAGCCUG